AUGAACCACAAUAAGGUUCAGAAAGUAGACAUCGAAUCUAAGGCCAGGGCAAUCCUCACAUACUGUAUGACUAUGGCAUUGCACAGAGAUCCGGCGACUGAGCGUGUCUUGCGCACGAAUGAGGAUAUUCAGGCAAUAGUUUGUUUAUCAUAUCCUGAACUACUCCUACAGAGCAACAAGAGACAUGACCCCCUCCACCCUUCAUCUAACAAGGCUGGUAAUGAGAGAAUGGCGCCGCUCAAUCCGUCGAAGGAGGUAGACUCCUAUACAUCUACAUAG